AUGAUUACUUUUCUAUGCUUUCUAUAAAUACUUAAAAUAAUCUUUGCAAUUGAGAUUUAAGAAAUGGAUUAAUAUUACUAAAUAUACAAAUAAUUGAUUGACAUUAAUGAUAUAAAUUUUGAUCUAGAGGAUUACUAUUUUUAUGGAGUGUGGUCGAAAUAUAUUCCUUUAAGUCCAAUAUCUUAAGUGGGUAAUAUUGGAUUAUUUGAUAGCAAUUGCUUCAAUAUCCAUAAUAUUAUUGAUCAAACAAGCUAAAGUGUAAAUCUUAUCUAUUAUGAUUGUCUUGAUUUUAAUCAGAAAUUAAUUACAAAAACGAUAAUAUUUUCUGAUAAUGAGAGAAAUCAACACAAAUUUGUCAUUCAAAUAGAUCCUUUUGAAUAUGAGAAUGUUUGGUAUUUUUAUUAUAUUUUUGGAUAGCCUUAAAAAAAUAAAUUAGAAUUAAUUGUAACAUAAUUACAAAAGAAACUACUUCAUGAAAUUAUUUUAAUAAAAUUUCCUUUCAAAAUUAUUGUUUAAUAAUUUACUUUCGGAGGAGAUUUGACUGUAAAAGAUUCAAUGAUCUCUUCGAUCGAGAGAGGAAAAUAAUUAUGUUAUUUUCCAGGUAAAAUAAUUUUAGAAAAAUUUAUGACUGAAAAUUUGAUGGCACCACAAAACUUAACAUAACAAGCAAUAGAGAAUUUUAAUUCCUAUACAAUUUGUAAUUGCAAGCUAAAUAAUAACUAUUUAAUAUCUGAUACAGAUAUUAAAUGGUUAGAUAAAAAUACAUACUCAUCAGAAAAUAUGAUUUGCAACUCAUUCGCUCUAUAAGGAUGGAUUAAAAUUAUUGAAAUUUUUUAAUCAUCUGAAGAAUUCACAUAUUACCUAAUAAAAUUAUCCGCAAAUUUUGAUAACUCUUUAUCUAAUUAAAAUCUAUCACCUUUGCAAUUUGGUUAUAAAAUUUCACCAACAUAAAAUUUUAUUGUUCUAACAACAUACAAAUAUUCUUUUCCUUAAGUUACCAUUGAUUUUUAAUAAAAUCCAUUUCUAAUAGAAGAAAUGAUUGAAAUUCAAAAUAAUAUUAACUUAUGGCAUUAUUUAUAUGUAAAAUUAUUGGAAGAUCAACUAUUUAUUAAUAUAAUAUUUUAUUAAGAAUCAAAUGUAUUUGAAUUUAAAAAAUCAAUAGAAGUAAGACAGUUUCAUUAUCCGUAAUUGAAAUUGCAAUAUGGAAAUUAUCUUUAAUAGCAUAAAAAUUACUUAAAUGUACAAAUCAGAAAUUUGGCAUUUUUAAAUUGUGACUAAUAUUUAUAAUCUUUAACUUGCCAUUUUAGCUGUUAUGAUUGUGAUGGUCCAACUAAAAGAGACUGUUUGUCUUGCUCCUAAGAAUCAAAUCGAAUUUAUUAUCCAGAAUUUAAGAUGUGCUUAUGUCCAUUGAAUACUACUGAUGAAUCAAAAUGUUAAUCAUAUGAAGAUUCUAAAUUGAAUUUAAUAUCAAAUAGUAUAACUAUUAAAUGUUAAUAUGGAUAUUUUGAAUUUGAAGAUGAAUGUUUAAAAUGGUAUUAUACAUUAUAUAUUGAUAUUUAGUCCUUCAAUAAUAUAUUAAAAUUUUGUGAGUUGUGUUGAAUGCUUAUAAAAUACUUUAACUUGGAGUGAAUAACCAUAUUGCUCUUAUGAAAUCUAUUUAAAUGAAGAUGGAACUACUCAAGAUGAAUUCCUCUUAUUACAAUAAUACUUUCUCUUUGAUGGUUCGGAGAUUUAUGUUUGCCAAAUUUGCGAAUAAACAAAUUUAUAUAGUAUUGAGGAAUAAUAUUUAGAUUUUUAUUUGCAAUCUUUAGUAUUUAAAUAGUUCUGUAAAUCUUAUGAUUAUUUGAAGUGUUAUGAAUGUUCAAUUACAUUCUGUUUAAUUUGUUAAGUAACAUUAGAAGGUUUAAGAUGUGCUUAAUGUAUAUUCAAUUACAAAUUAGUUGAUGGGUAUUGUAUUUCUCAAUAUACUUUUCCUAAGACUUAAUUUUGUAUUUCUCCAAAUUAUUUAACAUCUAAUAAGAUAUGCAAAUUAUGUCCAAUAAGUAAUUGUAAAUAUUGUUUUGAAUAUUCGAUGGAUGAUAUAAGUAAAUCUACUUUAUAUCGUAAUUUUGAGAAAUUUGAUUAGGAUGAACAUGUUCGAAUCGGUUGUUCUUUAUGUAAUGAAGGUUAUACAUUUAAUUUCAAUCUUGAAAAAUGUGAAUUUAUCAAACCAUAAAUCUAAUAUUGUUUGAGAUCUUUUAUUAAUUUCAACAAUCAAGAAAUUUGUACACUCUCCUCUCUUGAUUUUAAUAUAGCUCCAGAAAUAAUUAAUUGCUAGAAAUAUAAACCAAAUUGUUUAUAAUGUGUUUUAUCACCUGAAUCUAUUAUUAAAUGUGUUCAAUGUAAGAUUGGCUAUUCUAGUUCAGUAAUAAGUGGAGAUUGUUACGAACAUUUAUUAGAACAAGCAUUAAUUACAAUUGAUGGAGAUUGGACAAUAGGAGAUGGUUGGGUUUAAAGGAUUUAAAGUUUUAUGAUGUAGUUUCUACCAAAUAAAUAUUUUUAUCCUUAGUCUUAAUUUAAUACUUAAAUAGCAGCUAUGAUAAUCGAAUGUAAUUAAGGUUAUUAAAUUUCUGACUAAAGUUUAACUUGCUAAAAAUAUUGCUCAUCUGAAUGUUUAUAAUGUGAAGAAUUCUAAUAUAGUUUUAAAUGUACUAAAUGUCCAUUAAAUUAUUAUUAAUUUCCUAUCAGAGAUUAAAUAAAUGGAUAAUGUUCUGAAUGUCCAUAACUUUGUAAUAUUUGCAAGUCUCGUUCCUUAGAAGAUAUAUAUGUAAUUAUUAUUAUAUUCUUAGAGAUUAUAACCAAAUUAUAUUUUGACUAAAGAUAAUUUAAUUUACACAAAAAAUUGUAUUCAACCAAUAAAUGAUAUUAAUGUUAUACUUGAUCCCUAUUAUAAUAUUGCUAAAUACUGUUUUAAUCAAGAUUGUACAUAUAAAACAUAAUUUGAUGUACUAUUUAGUCAUUGUGAAAUCUCAAGAGGUUUUUGGCCUUUUGGAUAUGAAUAUGAUAUAAACACAAACUAUUGUAAUUAAAUGGGUAUUGAUACAAUUACAAUAAACUUUAACUUUUAGAUUGAUGAUGAUUAUUGUGGUUUGUUAUAAUGGUUAAGCGCUGAUACAGAAUUAAAAUAGAAAAUAUUCUCCUUGAAAAAAACUAUUUUCAAAUUAAGCUCACCUAAUAAAUUAACAAUAUCAACCAAUUUUCCCAUUUCAAUAAAAAAUUUUGAUUGUGUUGAAAUUCUCAACAUAGGUUUAAUUUUUGGCGAUAGUUAAUACUUCUAAAUAAAUAAUAAUCGAUCCUUAGUUGAAAUAAAAUUAAUUAAUUUUUCUCUCUCUAAUAGUAGUAUUAAUAAUAUCAAUUCUUUAUUGGAAACUCAAACGUUUGGGAAUUUAACUCUCAUUAAUGUUACAAUAUUGAACACUAUUUUUGUUAACUCUUCAUUCAUUAAUCUAAAAUCAUAGAUUUUAAAAUUAGGAAUCGAAAUGAUAUCAUUAAAUAUUACAAACUGUACAUUUAUUGAUACAAAUUUAUUUCAAUUUACAAAUAAUUUUAUCUUACUAAUAGACAACUUACAUGUCAAAAAUUGCAAAUUCAUAAAUUCUUCAAUUUUUAGAUUUCUUACAAAUAAACUUGAUUUCAAUAAGUUUAUACUGAAAAACUCUAAAUUAUAAAAAAAUUCAUUUGUUCAAUCCAAUUUUAUAAAUAGUACAAAUUAAAUGGAAAUCAAAUUUUUUAAUUUAAUUUUUAAAGAAAACCGCUUAUCUAAAAGCAUAGUAAUUGGAUUUAAUUCUAAUUUUACUAUAAAUCUUAUGGAUGUGAUAUCAAACAACUUUGAAGAUUCAACAUUCUUAUCAACGCUAUUGAUUUUAACAUAAGAAAGAAUUUUUAUAUAAUUUUCAAAUUUGCAGUUCAGCCUUAAUAUUAUGAAAGAAGCAGAAUUAGUAUAUAUCUUUGCAAACCAAUAAGUUAAUAACUUAAUAUUAUCCAUAUUUAAUUUAUAUUUAAAUGGUAGUAUAACUUAUCCUAGAUUUGAUAGAAAUCAUUAUUUAUUUAACAUUUAUUGCUUUUAAUUUUCUUUAUUAAAUGUAAUGAUAUCGAAUGUUAGUGAUCCUUUUUUAUUUUAUAUUGCUGACAACUAUUAGAUCGAUAUUAAAUAAUUUAAUUUCAUAAAUUCAUAGGUUUAGAAUAAAAUUCCGUUAUAAAAUACAUGCAAAAACUAAUAUGAAUUAAAUAAUAAUCUCUUUUUAAUUGAAGGAUUUUUCUUAAUUUCUUUAGAAAAUAUAUUAAUUAAAUAUUAGUCAAGUAUUGAUAAAUCAAUAAUUGGAAUAAGAUCAAGCUAAAGUUACUUAAGAGAUCUAGAAGGAUAAAUAAGGAUUAAAGAUUUAGAAUUUAAUGCAAAUAUUCUUUUAUAGCAGAAUUAAUCAUAAUUCUUUUCUUUACUUGCAAUAGAAUCACAAGGAGUGACAAAAAUAAUAUUUGAAAAUCUAAGAUUUUUGUCAAAUUGUCUUCAUUCAUUCGCUAAUAAUCAAUUUUAAACUUUUGCAAGUUUACUUUAUAUUAGUUGUAAGACUGGCUUUGUUGAAAUAAUAAAUAUGAAUAGUAUUUCAAAUUCUGCUACAAAUACUUCUAAUUCGUUUAUAUAUAUGCUAUCAAAUACAAUAAUUUUUAGUAAUAUUACAAUCUCAAAUAAUAAUAUUUUACCGCAAUCAUUCUGGAGUGAAUACUAUAAUAUUGAAUUUGAUGAAUAAUAUUCUUAAGAAUAAAUAAAUUAGAUUGUUUAAUAAGUAUUAAACGUUGAAAAUAUUGGAGGAGUGGCUGUGAUAAGAGCUUAAAAUUUUAUCUGCAACUUUUGCUUCUUUAAUAAUAUCCUCGUCUUUAAAAGUUCUAUCUUUGAGAUAACAACUUUAGGAGAUGGCAUUAUUGAAUUAAAUUUCAUUGUAAUUAAUUCAACUUUGAAUAAUAGAAAACUGAAUACAAACGGUUCAGGAUGCAUUAGCAUAAAUUCUUAAAAUAGCAAAUUAAACCUUAAAAUUUAGAAUGCCAUAUUUUUCGAUGUCAUAAACAGAAUGGCCCCCUCUAUCCUUUCAGUUAUUCCAUCUAAUAUUUAGAAUAAUAUUCUACUUUUUAAUGUUUCAAUUGAAAAUUGUAUUUCUUUGUAUAAUCAAAUUUUAAAAGCAACCUUUUCAAGUCAAAUUAUGUAAAACAAUACCAUUACUUUUCAUAAUAUAAAGCUAGUUCAAAAAGAAAUGGCCUGGAAAUAAUAUUUUUAGAAAUUAGGAAUAUUGACUUAAAGUGAAAUUAAUUAAAUCAUAGAUGAUAAUAAUGCUGUUUUGAAUAUAGCUGGAAGCUCUGUUCUUAUUCAGAAUAUUAUUGUUGAAGGCCUAUAUUUUGCUCCUCUGUUUAAAAUAUAAGAUGCUCAAAAGUUCUUUAUUUUGAACUGUUAAAUACAAGAUAUCUAAAUUAUAUACCCUUUUGACCUAAUUCAUUAUUAUGAAAUCUACCAUAUUAAAUCUUAGAUCUCAUUUUAAUAUUUAAGUAUACUCAAUAUUUCAAUUUACACUGAAAAUUAGAUCUAUGUUUAUAGUGAAUAAAUUGAUAAAUAUUAAAUUUAAGAGUGCAAUCAUUUAUUAAGAUAACCUUAAAAAGAUCAGACAACUUUUAAUUUUGAAACAAUAACCUAAAUACUUUAAGAAAAAAUUUAAUUAGGAAAAUCAUUACUUUACUUUAGUAGUAGUUCAAACCAAAGUUAAUUUUUUUUAUCUUCUGUUUAAGUAAAUUUAAAUAAUUGUUCAUAUUGUUCAAAUGGGCUAAUCUUUUUUUAAUAAGAAUCAUUUCAUACUUUAUAAAUCCAAAAUUUUGAAUGUAAUUUUAAUAAUAUUUUAUCUAAUGGUUGCUUAAAAUUCAUUCUUAAAAAUAAAUCUUUAAAUUAUGUCAAAAUUAAAAAUUCAAAUUUUCUUUAUAAUAAUGGUACGUAAGGAAUAGCAGUUUAGGGAAUAAAUACUUCUAUCUCUAUGAAAUACUGCUUCAUUAUGCACAAUAAAGCUAGUUUACAAGGUGGAGGAUUGUACCUAGAAUAAUAUAAUGAAAAAAUUUUCAUUAGCUAAUCAUUAUUAUUAUACAAUAUUGCAAAAGAAGGAGGAGGAAUAUAUUUAUAUGGUGAUAAUAAUCUAUAUUUAUAAAAUUUGAAUAAUUCAUACUUACAAUUCAAUAAGGCAGAAUCAUACGGCAAUAAUUUAGUUGAAAGUCCUACACAUUUGGCUUUAAAUAUCAAUGAUAUGGAAAUGAUGUCAAAGUUUUCAGUUAAUUAAAGCCAAAUAAGAUUUUUGAAGCUUGAUCCAUAUUUAAUUUUAGAUUAAGAAAUCAAAACAUCAACUCAGUAUUUAAUGAUUCCAAGUAAUCAAUAGUUGAAAUAAUAUAAAAUUUAUUUGCCGAAAGAAUAAGAAUCUAUACCCUAUAUAAAUUCUAUUUACUUAACGCUGAAAAAUAGUAGAGAUGAACUUCAACUGAACUUUAAUAAACUAACAUGUAGUAUAAGUUAAACAACGGUAUUAAAUACAUCAAAUAAAAUUGUUGAUGCUCCAUCAAAUAUAACUUUAGAAUAUGAUUCAAAUAAUCAUUAUUUUGAUUUGAAGGAACUAAUCUUUCGAUUUGAUCCGUAUAAUAUAAUGAAUAACUAUUUGCAAAUAAAAUUCAACUGUUCAUCUGAUAUUUAACAUAAAUAAUUAAUAUAUUUGAUUAAGGCAAGAAGUUUUAAGUGCCAAUUAGGAGAAAUUUAUUAAAACAAUGGAUGUUAGCUAUGCCAAUCAUAAUAAGGAUUUUAUUCUGUUUAAUAUGAUUAAUAAAAAUGUUCCAUUUUUGAUAAGCAAAAAUUUGCUGAUAUAACUUCAAAUAAUAUCAACUUAUUAGAGGGAUAUUGGAGACCCCACUACUUAUCCGAUUACUCUAAUCUCUGUUUUAAGAAUUUUUAAUUUUGUUUAGGAGGAUGGGGAGUUGGAAAUUAAUUAUGUAGUAUGGGGCAUAUAGGAGCUUUAUGCGAAGAAUGCGAUACUUAUAAUAUUAAAGGAUAAGGCUAAUAUUUUAAAAAUUUAUAAAACUCAGAAUGUUUAGCUUGUUUUGGAGUUGAAGAUAGUAUUAUUCCUUUUAUAAUCACUUCACUUUGGUAUAUCAAUAUUUAAUUUUAGGGCCUGUUUCUCAAUAAUAUUAACAUUAAAAAGUAUAGCCACAUCUAAUAGAUUAUUUGUAACUUUAAAAUUAAGGGAAAAGUAAAGUAAAAUAAUAUAUAAAUUAAGUUAAGGUAAAUAUUGAUUCUGAUUUAGAUCAUUAAAGUAUUUUAAUUAAAAUGCUAUUAAAUUAUUUAUGGAUUUAUUCAGUGAUUUUUACUUUUAAUAUUAACUUCUCGUUUUCAUUUAAUGUUAUAGAUAAUGCAAGUAAUACCUCAUAUUUUAUGGCUAAUAAUUUAGACUGUUACUUAUCAGAAUAUUUAAAAAUACAAUUAGUUUAUUCUAAAGUUAUUACAAUUAAGAUUUUAAUUCUAUAUUAAUUUAUAAUUAUUCUUUUAGGAUCAUAUGUAUAUUCUAAAAUAAAAAAAUCAAAAUAUCACAGCAAUACUAUUUCACAUAUUUCGCUUUGUCUCUAUAUAUUUAAUUACGCAGGAUUAAUCAAAAUGUAAGAAAAAUUUAUAUAUUUAGGUUGAGUUCCAUAGUAUCUUUGAGGGUAGUGUCUAAUCAUAAGUAUAUUUAAGGUGAUGUAUCUUUAAGAUAUGACACUGAUUCUCAUUAUAGAUGGAUUACUUAUUUUUUUAUUCCAGAUCUAUUAUUUUUUGGUUAUUUAAUUCCAUUAUGCUUAUUCGUAUUGUUAUAUGCUUAAAGAAACAAAUUAGAUUCUAUUAGACUAAGAGGACAUAUUUGUUAUUUAUUUAAUGAAUAUAAUUAAAAUUGUUACUUUUGGGAAUUGAUUAAACUUUCAAAAAAAGCAAUAAUGAUUUUUAUAAUGACAUAUUUUGAAACUAAUAUUUCACUAAAAGCUAUUUUGUUAGGUUUGUGUUUGGUAUUUUAUUAAUUGAUAGCAAUUAAAAAUAGGCCAUAUAUUAUUUCCAAAUUUAAUUCUUUAGAUUUAUAUUCUGGAUAAUUAUGCUCUAUUUCAAUAUUUUUAGCUGCCGCAAAGUAUCAUAAUGAAUAAUCGAAUGAUUAUGUGUCAUCAAUCGCACUUUAGGUGUUGCUAAUUAUCUUUAGCUUUCGACUAUGCCAACCAUAUUUGGUAGAUAUUAUUAGAAUAUAUUAUAAAAAAUAUAAGGUUCUAUUUUUUAUGAAAUUAAACAAAAUCUUAAGAUUAAUAAAAUUAGACUUUAUUGUAUCAUUUCUGGAUAAUAAGUUAAUUUAAAUGUAAUAUUAAGAAUUACAAUUAUAACGCAACUUCAAUAGAUUAAGAUCCAUAGCAAAAAGUUAAGUAGCAAAUAGAAGGUAAGAAAGAUCAUCAAGGUUAAGACUAAUGACUUCUUAAUUUAAUUCUCAAUGGACUUAUAGAUUUAGAUAGAAUAGUCCAGAUAUGGAACACAAAUCAUUAGUACCUCUUGUUACAGAUUGA